AAAGUUCAAAGAAGCCAAUGACAUCGACAAUGCUUGUCGGUCACAAAUGAGCAGUCCUUUAUUUAUAUUGAACCCAAACCUCUAUCCGUGUUGGCACUAAAUACUUGAGUGUGCGUACCCCUUAAGAAGACAGUCAGUUUGGUGCAGGAGUCACUGGCUACUUCAGUGUUUGGCUUACACCCUAGGAUAUCUUCCAUUCUGUCCGUCUUGAUUGGACCGGCCAUUUCCAUAGUCCAUGGGGUUUUGGAGGCUAUAACUAACUGGAACUACCCCAUUCCGGCUAAUAUCGAUCUUGACAUAUUCGGAAACGUACCUAGGUGCCUAGGGAAGAAUAUAGUCAACCUAUUUACGGCAGUUGGGAACAUCGCUAAGUUACCCUCGAGUCGCCAAUACUCGUUUUUCCUCUUUCGAAAAGCAGUAAUCAACCAGAGAAUGGCCAAUUGUGUUGUGGCCAAUCUAACAGAAUUGAGUACCUACCACCAAAGUCUAAUUUAUGUAGCCUUCGUAGUCCUAUAAUCCCAUUAUUAUUCACCCUACUAGGGUGACUAGCCGGGCUACCAUAUAAAAAUACAGUGCCGAGAAUGAAUAAAAACAUUAAGCCUGCCGCGACCCUUUCAUCUUGCGGUCUAUAUCUGUAGUUGCUGCUCUUACUCAUACGAUGAUCGCCGCAUCAUCGACUUGAAGCCAGGUGAACAGAAUGCAGUUGACUUCGCUCGCCGCGCUAGCAUUAGCUGCGCCAGCAAGCGCGCUGAUUCGAUUUUCAUGCUCCCAGCUGGUAGUUGACCGUAUCGACCCGUUAGUGAAUCCGGGCAUGGCGCCCUCGCCGCAUCUACACCAGAUCAUCGGCGGCAACUCACUUAACGUGACCAUGGACCCCGCUAAAGAUAUGCCCGGCGAGUCUACUUGCACGACCUGCCAGUUCACCGAGGACACUUCGAACUAUUGGACCGCUGUGCUUUUCUUCAGAGCCCGCAACGGCACUUUCAAGCGUGUACCUAUUCGACCGAACGUCGGGUUCGACGGCGCGGAGGGCGGCAUGACCGUCUAUUACAUGCAGAACGGCUUGUCCGACUACCAGCAACGAUCGAAGGUCACGGCCUUCAAGCCAGGAUUUCGUAUGCUCGUCGGCGACGCGAUGGCACGAACCGCGGAGAAGGCCAACAAAUAUAAGCAGGUCACCUACACCUGUCUGCAGGACAUGACCACUCGUUUCCCCGAGACGAAGAACCUCCCCAACAAGCCUUGCCCUGCAGGUAUAAUGGCGAACAUUCGCUUCCCAACUUGCUGGGACGGGAAGAAUCUCGACACCGUGGACCACAUGAGCCACAUGGCAUACCCAGCUAGCGGCACCUUCGAUUCACAAGGCCCGUGCCCCGAGAGUCAUCCCGUCCCUGUUCCCCAGCUCAUGUAUGAGACGAUCUGGGAUACGCGCCAAUUUAACGACCCUAAAGAAUGGCCUGAGGACGGAUCCCAACCCUUUGUAUGGAGCAUGGGUGACCACACUGGUUAUGGUAGUCAUGGUGACUAUCUGUUCGGCUGGAAGGGCGAUGCUCUCCAAAGGACGAUGGACACCCCGUGCUAUGUCACUUGCCCUACACUGACCACGCAGCCAAUCGCCAACCAGAACAAGUGCAAGAUUGACAGGACCGUCAAAGAAGACAUUGAUUCUUGGUUAUCGGAAAUCCCUGGGAGCCCCCAAAUAUCGAAGAAAUACUAA